AUGGAGAAAAGACAGAGUGAGCUCAUCCAACCUCGCACCAUAAAAUUUGGAGAUGCAGAAGUGGAAUUGAUCUUAGUCUAUGAUAAUGAGGAGCAGAUUGGAAUUGACGUUGAGUAUCAUAAUGACUACAAAAUCAGUUUAAAUGGGGAAUACAACUCAUUCUUGUUUGAAUCAACCAACAAUGAAGUCUUGGUGAUCCAUCAAAUAGGAGAUGUUUUUAAAAUUCGCAGAAGCGUGGAUGAUGAGGAUGAUCAAGAACUGGAACUGGAACUCGAAGGAGGGAAUCAUCAUCAAGAUGAUGAUGAAGAAGAAGAACACAACAUGCAAGAAGAAAAUGAUGACGAGCUCGAGGAGGGCAACACUGACGAUGAUCAUGAAUAUUUCAGGACAUCUGGUUUUAAAGUUUACAAGAUUGAUCCUGAGACUGGUGACUUUCUUCAGGAACAAAGUUUGGGGGAUCAAACCUUAUUUUUGAGCUUGCAUGGUUUCUUCUCUCUUCGGGCGAGCGAUUUAAUAGAGAUAGAAAGGAACAACAUUUACUUUGCAACAAUUGGAUUGGACCCCUUUAAUGUUCGCAAACCAUUUACAUCUCGUGAGAUCGGCAUCUUCUGCCUCGAUAAUGAAAGAGUUGAGAGAUCCUUUCCAAGCGUCCAAAAGUCAAUGGGGUCUCGAAUGAGUUGGUCUACUCCAAGUUUGGGAUAG